AUGCUUGACGACACAUAUGCUGAAAUAUGCUUUAAUUAUAAAAGAUAGAAAAAAAACACAACUCCUAAAUAAGCAACUAAAUUUAAAUCAAAAAAGGAUGUUUAGUUGUUUGUCGAUCAAAUCCAAGCUUAAGUCAAAUUACCACCAUUAGAACAUGAAUUCUAUUUAAAUUAAUUUCGCUCUCCAAGUCUUUCAAAGCAACAAUAAUAUUAAUGCUCUAAAAGUGUCUUGGUUAGAAGAUAAACAAGAAAAAGUAGACUAGGUAGUCUUAUAUCUGAUAUUGGUGUACUUGAAGAAGGGGUUCUAUAAACAUUGUAACAAAUUAAAGAUUCGUUUUCUAAAGAAAAAAAUAGGCUAUAAGAACAAGAAUCAAAGUAUGCUUCCUUGCUAGAAAAUUUAGAAUCAAAAAAUCAUAUAACAAAUACUAAUUGGAAAACUUUAAUAAAUCAUCACUUCAAGAAUCUUAAUGAGUAUUUAGAUUUUGCUAGUAAAGAUAUUAAGGAUGAAAAGAGUUUUGUAUAUUGUCACUAAAUUUCUGCUAGAAAUCACUACCUAUUUGUUGACAAUGAGAUCAGAAGAAAUUUUAUUAAAAAAAGAUAAAUGAGAGCAUGA